AUUGUGCCUGCGCCAAAAUUUACGAUGUGAUCGCGAUACGCAGAAUCCCAUCCUCAUAUGGCAUCUCAUAGAUCGCACCAUGUCUCGCCGGAAGAUUCGCAAUACUGCCGAAGAAACUUUGACACCGCCUGACUCUCUGUCUCCCCGCCAGACGCUCGCACGUGUCAUCAAGGCUCAAGGCAAAGAUCUCUAUUCGGUCAAGACACCAGACGGAUCCGAACUCCUGGUCGAACUCGAGGCCAAAUUCCGCGGUACAAUCUUUGUCAAAAGAGGCGGAUAUGUCCUCAUCGAUACUUCCACAACCGAUCGGGAGAACAAAAUUCAAGGCGAGAUCGUGAACAUUGUUGGAGAUGAGAAGACAUGGCGGAAACAGUCAUAUUGGCCUGCGCAGUUUGCUCAAAAGCCACGACCCGUAGACAGUGACGAGGAGGAAUCGCUGGUCGGAAAAAUGCCUCCGUCAGACAGCGAAGAGGAUGAUAACUGAUGGACAUUGAUGUCUGUUCUUCUGUACCUACCUACUUGAUCCUAUUGGACGGUCUUGACGGAGAAAUGUGAUCGACUGGAGGCGCAAUAAGAAGGCACAUGACCUGGAUUGCCAGCACAAACACCACAGUCACCGAGCUCAGGUCGGUGCUAGGAUAGACGAGCCACGAAUACUCCUGAAUCGCCCAGUUGAUCAAUAUCCAUACAGGUCCUCCUCCGGCCCUCCACAAAAGAUACGGGGUUGCCCAUCCGAGAUACGCAAAGAAUUGAUAGUGUAAGCUUCGAGCACACAACAGACCCAUGGCAAUGCUUGCGAGAACAGCAUCCAUGACAAAGGUUGGGGUGAUUUUCCUCGACACUUGGACCGGAUCAAGCUCUCCAACGGACAAAGCGUACUUCUUGACAAAGUCGACUAGGUUCGAAGCACUUGGUUUGACCCAUUUGGUUUGGAAGAACAGGAAGAGCAGGGAUAUGUGAACAAGUAAGAGACUGACGGUGAACUGUCGAGACAAAAAAGUCUCCUCGCCCACAAACCUCCAAUUGACUGUCCACUUGAAGAGGAAUUGUCGACCAAAGUCGAAAGCUUGUGCAAGAUACUGAAGACCAUACCCUGCUGUCAGGAAGGGUAUGGCCAGGUUCAGAUGGACUAGCAAGACGAAGAGGCCAUUCACAACCGCCCUCUUUGUACCUUCAGCCUGUAGCAGAAUGACUCCCAUGGCAGGAGCAGCCAAUAAAUGGGUCAUCUUGACACCCAAACCCAGUGCCCAGAUCAUGGCUCCUGUUGUCCACUUUCUUCUCUGUAGCAGAUAGAUUGCUAUCCAGAGUGCGAGCGUUGCCCAACAGUCGUUGAAC